AAAUCAUAAAUAUAUAUAUAUAUAUAUAUAUAUAUCUAUGGGUUUGAAGUACUCACGGAGGUUUCUUGCACUUGUUUUUAUAGUUGUAUUUGCUAACUUCCAUGGCCUCAAUUAUGCAGAGAAAGCUCCAAAAUAUAGUUUUAUCCAAGAAGCAACCUCAGCACCAGAAGUCUCAUUCUACGACUACAUAGUCAUCGGCGGAGGGACGGCCGGUUGUCCAUUGGCGGCAACAUUGUCGACACGAGAUGCAAAAGUUUUAGUCUUGGAAAGAGGGGGAUCGCCCUACACCAACACCACCAAGAUUAGGAUGGAAAACUUCAUCUCCACUCUAACCGACGACUCUCCCAACUCAAUCUCUCAAUCAUUCAUAUCGGAGGACAGAGUUCCCGGCAACCGAGCACGCGUUCUUGGCGGCGGAACAGUCAUUAAUGGAGGGUUUUACUCGCGUGCCGAGACACUCUUCCUAAAAGAAGCAGGUAUAGAUGAAGCAUUAGCAAAUGAGUCUUACGAGUGGGUUGAAAAGAAGAUAGUGUACAAGCCGCGUGCGUUUCAAUGGCAAACCGCUGUGAGAAAUGGGUUGCUUGAAGUUGGGGUUCUGCCCGAUAAUGGAUUUACGUUUGCUCAUCUAAAUGGGACUAAAACUAGUGGAACCCUUUUUGAUAAAAAUGGGAAUCGACAUACUGCCGCUGAUUUGCUUGAGUAUGCUAAUCCAACCAUGAUUAAGGUUUACUUGCAUGCUGUUGUGCACAAGAUCACAUUUACCACUAAAGAUGGACAGAGACCAAAAGCUGAUGGGGUUAUAUUUUACGAUGCAAAUGGAGGAAGGCACAUUGCAUACUCGAAACAUGAGUCGAACAAUCGCAGUGAGAUCAUAUUGUCGGCAGGUGCGAUUGGCAGUCCACAAUUGCUAAUGCUGAGCGGCAUUGGUCCCGCUGCUAGGCUUCGGUCACUGGGCAUCAAAGUGGUGUUAGACCAGCCUAUGGUAGGCCGAGAGAUGGCUGAUAAACCAUCAAACGGUCUUUUAAUUCCUUACCCAACGCACAUCCCUCUCUCCCUAAUUACAGUUGUGGGCAUCAACAAAACCAGUAACUACUUUGAAUCCUUCAACGGCUUUGAUCUUUCUGACCUUUCUGGUUCCGGUGGCGCUCAGCCACAAAGCUCCAACCCAUCACAAGAAGCAAUGGCCAAUUCAACUACAAAUCAAGCGUUUCUCGUACAGACCAUCUUCGGUCCAAUCUCAAAGGGUUAUCUUGAGCUUCAAAACACAAAUGUAAGUGACAACCCUAAGCUAAGGUUCAACUACUUCCAGGCAGCAGUGGACUUAAGGAGGUGCGUCAGUGGCAUGCAAACCAUCAUCAACGUCGUAAAUUCCGAUUCGUUGUCCAGACUUCGUUUUAGAAACAUGACAACACAAGAUCUUAUAAAUAUGACGGUGAACAGGGCAGCGAACCUGAGACCAAGAAAUCCCAAUGCGACAACUUCCUUGGAACAAUAUUGCAUAGACACUGUGAUGACGUUUUGGCAUUACCAUGGAGGGUGCCAAAUUAGGAAGGUUGUUGAUAGGGAUUACAAGGUCCUUGGAUUGGAUCAACUCAGGGUUAUAGAUGCCUCUACCUUUAGUUUCUCCCCGGGGACUAAUCCUCAGGCCACAAUUAUGAUGCUUGGAAGAAGCAUGGGACGAAGGAUUCUGCAAAGUCGAAGAAGAUGAUCUAAUCUGGCAUGAAAAUUUGGAGUUAGGGAAAAAUAAGUGGAAUAAAGGAAACAUUAUAUAUACUUAAUUAAGUCCACAGCCUACUAUACAUAUUGGGCUUCUUUUUCUUUUUUUUUUUUACUGUUUACUGUGCUUAAUAAAGAGGAGAUGAAAACCUCGGUAAUAAGUUUGGGUACCAAUUUCAGUCUAAAAGAAACUAAAAGCAAAUGAGAUUACUCAAUUUAGUC